CAAAGAUGCUUGCAUUUCUAGUCUAUAUAAGUCUCUCAACUAGUACCAAUCAUCAUCAUCAUUAUUGUUAUUAACAUCAACAAAAAAGUUUACAAUUUAGUGGGUAUAGUGAAAGAUGGACAAUGAAGACACAGGGUCAGCACCAUCGACACCGGUCACACCCGGGACACCCGGUGCACCACUGUUUAGUGGGUUCAGACCAGACAGGAACCAUGGUUCUAGUGCCUUUAGGAAAUCACUUCUAGGUAGCUUCAAGUGCUUUAGUGUUGAAACUAUGGUCAAAGAAGAAGGCACACUACCUACUGUUGCUUGCUUGCUACCCCCUCCCCCUAUCUCACUAGUAAGAAAGGUUGGAGCGGAGUUUAUAGGCACCAUGAUCUUGAUAUUUGCCGGGACAGCUACAGCGAUAGUGAACCAAAAGACACCAGGGUCCGAGACCCUGAUUGGGCUAGCGGGGUCCUCUGGGCUCGCGGUCAUGAUCGUUAUACUAUCUACCGGUCAUAUCUCAGGAGCCCAUUUGAACCCAUCAAUCACCAUUGCUUUUGCAGCCCUCAGACACUUCCCAUGGAAACAUGUACCAUUGUACAUAGGGGCACAAGUGUUGGCGUCAAUAUGUGCAGCGUUUACAUUGAAAGUGGUAUUUGACCCAAUGAUGGGAGGGGGUGUGACUGUUCCUUCGGUUAACUAUGCACAAGCUUAUGGUUUAGAAUUCAUCAUUAGCUUUAACCUCAUGUUUGUGGUCACUGCUGUUGCCACCGACACAAGAGCUGUUGGUGAGCUAGCAGGAAUCGCGGUAGGGGCAACGGUCAUGCUAAAUAUUCUUAUAGCCGGGCCAGUCACAGGAGGAUCAAUGAAUCCAGUAAGAACUCUAGGACCUGCAAUAGCUGCAAAUAACUUCAAAGGCUUAUGGAUCUACCUCACAGCUCCCAUCCUUGGUGCGCUAGCCGGUGCAGGUAUUUACACGGCAGUUAAGUUGCCUGAGGAAGAUGCCAAUGAUCCUAACAAACCUCGACCUCAUAGCUUCCGAAGAUAAUCAACAAAACUCAUUUUAAAUGGUCACUGUCGCAAUACCACCAGCCUGCCGCUGAUAACAACAGCUACGCACUCCAUUAAAAAAGACUUCGAAUGCAGCGUCGGGUACAAUGGGUAAUGGAGAUUUGAUGAGUACAUAUAUGGUUACGUUUUUAUAUAUAGUCAUACAUGGAAUUGUUGUAAUUUGAGUCUUAAAAAUGACAUAAAUUAACGAUGGAAUGGACUUCAAUGUGAAGGAUGAUUCAAAAUAUCAAAAUUUUGUCUGAA